CUCUCCUAACUCUGUGGGUCUUUCUCUCUCUACAGUCCACAUAACGGCUGUAUACACCCAAUCAAUACAAUUCCCUUUCAUUUACUUUUACUAUUACUGCGAAGAACUAAAGGUAAGAAAGUUGUCAUGGGCGCACAAGAACGCUCUGAUUUCUCUGUCCAAGAAAAUGUUCCGCUCGGUUACCGAUUCAAACCGACAGACCUGGAGCUAUUGUACUACUUGAAUCUCAAGAUUAUGAACAAACCUCUAUUGAUCGAUGCCAUAAAAGACGUUGAUCUCUACCAGUACCAUCCUCACGAUCUUUUCCAAACCAGGAUGAAUGGAACAAAGGAAGGCUACUUUUUUACUUCUAGAACUAAGAAAUAUCCUAAUGGCGGCCGGCCCGACCGAGCAGCGGCUGAUGGUUACUGGAAAGCCAAUGGAAGCAACGUCAUUGUACGAAGCAAUGGCCAAGAUGUUGGACAGAAAAAGGUGCUCGUCUAUUAUGAAGGGAAAUCUAAGAAUAAUAAUGGAACAAAAACUAACUGGAUGAUGCAUGAGUUUACGGUUCAUCAAAUGAAGGAUGUUGCACGUUCUUCUACAAAUGCAAUUCCAGAUGACAAGAUGUUGGAUAUUUGUGUAUGCAGAAUUUACUAUAAAACAUCAAAAGCGAGAAAAAACAAAGGAAGAAGGCACACAAAGAAACAGCGUCAUCCUUUGCAAGGUGAUCAUUUACCUGAUGCAAAUUAGGCAGCAGCGUCGUCUUAUCAAAAUCAUGUGCCGGAACUUUGCAAGGUGAUCAUUUACCUUCUCCUCCAACGGAAUGGCUUGAUCUUUAUGAUCUCUUACCGUACUGGGUCCUCGUAUAUUGGAUUUUCCUUUAAGUGACUCAUCCAACAGGCAGUUUCAGCGGACUGGAUUGAGAAAGUUUGAAUGCCAUCUUUGCUGUUUUUCUAGGAACUUCGUUGAUUAUGUAAUGUUGAGGAAAUAUGAAAUAA